UCAUAUAGAAUGCCUGAGUCAGAGUCUCCACCGUAGCGUUGUAAUUGAUUGUGUGUGAUCAUGAACUCCGUAUCGGUAUGGGACGCCAUGGCCAGUGGCUCGACGGCCGUAGCCAGACCAAUCCGGACGCUGGACCCUAGACCACCGUAUGCAGUGGACAGACCCAGACCACAGUCAGCGCCAAUCCGUAAGCCUGUAUCACCUCCCAAACCCUUAUGGCGGGAUUCUCGCUCAGACUCCAUCCCCCACAAGCAGCGACGCUUCACCACAUCCCUCAGGAGCAGCAGUGCCAACCAGGACUCCUACGUCAGCAAGCGAGCCCCUUUUGCUGCCAAGAGACUCCAUGCACUCAAUGUGGAGAGACAGAUGAUGACUGGCACGUACCCCCGAGUGGAGAACGGUCGGACGGUAGCAGCACCAGAGUAUGACCCCUUCGCUGACCCUCAUCUCACAGAUUACUUUGCCAGGAAGUUCUCAAUUGGUUUACCUAGACCACCGUCAGGGGCAAAGAGACGUCCAGCUAGCGCCAAUGGUCGGACCAGCAGCACAUGGAACGGCGGCCGGCACUCAGCAGCGUCAGAAUGCAUGUACAGGGUAACUGUGAAGACCGGCGACAAGAAAAACUGUGGCACUGCGGCAAAUGUCUUCAUUCAGCUGAAGGGCAGCAAGGGCAAGACAGCCAAGCGGAAACUCAGCAAGAAAUCUGCCAAGACUCAGUCAGGCUUCAUGAAGAUCAAGUACAGCCGCAACACUUCCAAGGUCUUCAAACUCAAGAUGCAGGACGUCGGGGAGCUACAGACAUUGACGGUUGAGCAUGACGGCCUAGAGAAGCCGGACAGUUGGUACCUAGAGGAGGUGGAAGUCACCAACCUAUCCAGCAAGCAGACGUGGCUGUUCCACUGCGGGCAGUGGCUGUCACUGUUUGAGACAGAUUGCCAACUCAGGAGAGUGCUGAAAGCUCUGGAUCCCAAGAAACACGGCAAGACAGAGUAUGAAGUUGUCACGAUUACCGGUGACGUGAAGGGUGCCGGCAGUGAUUCCAGCGUCUACAUCACGCUGUUUGGCAUGCGGGGUACCAGCAAGAAGAUGCCACUCAAGCCUCGGCAAGGCGUGGAUCCAUUCGAGAGAGGCAACAGCGACAUCUUCACCUUCAAGUGCAAUAACGUAGGACCACUCAGGAAAAUCAGGAUUGAGCAUGACAAUACCGGCUUUGCCCCGGGCUGGUUUCUAGACCGCGUGGUCGUGACUGACCUCAGCAACCCCAAGAAGGGCAAGUAUUACUUCCCCUGCGGUCAGUGGCUGGCAAAGGGCGAAGGUGACGGCUUGAUCUGCCGAGAUCUGAUGGGCAGCAGGGAUCCACUGGCUGUCAGAAAAUCACACAAGUACAAAGUUCACAUAUUUACGGGUAACACGCGUGGCGCGGGGACCGACGCAAACGUUUUCGUCACAAUAUUCGGCGAGUCAGGUGAAGACUGCGGCGAGAAAAAGCUGACAAGCUCCAAAAACAACUUUGAGAGGGGCAGAGAGGAUGUAUUUGUCAUAGAAGCACAGGCCCUUGGUCCUCUAGAGAAGAUACGCAUCGGUCAUGACAACUCAGGGCCUGGACCGGCAUGGUUCCUGGACAAGGUCAUCAUUGAUGACGUUGAGAUGGGAACGACGUACGAGUUUCCCUGCAAACGCUGGCUGGCCAAGAACGAAGACGAUGGCAAGAUUACAAGAGAGCUGUACUGUGGAGACAAGGCAGGGAAAGGAUCGGAAAAAGGAAUUCCCUACGAAGUUCGCAUCACCACCAGCGACAAGCGCGGGGCUGGAACCGACGCAAGAGUCUACAUCGUCAUGCACGGCGGCAAAAAGGGCGAGGAGACUAGCGGCAAGAUCUGGUUGGACGACGGGAAGUUUGAACGUGGCCGGACGGACGUCUGCAGCGUUGAGAUCGGAACCAUACUGAGCCCUCUAUCCAGAAUAGACAUUGGACAUGAUAACGCUGGGGUGGGCGCAGGCUGGCAUUUGGAGAAGGUUGUGAUCGACUGCCCUGCUGCCGGCAUUGAGCAGACCUUCCUAUGCAAUGACUGGCUGGCUGACGAUGAGGGCGACAAACGCAUAGAGAGGACGCUGACGGAAAACAAGUCCAUGAGAAAAACCAAGAAACAAAAGGAAGUCUGGAACGUCACAGUCUGCACCAGCGACGUGCCCAGCGCCGGCACGGACGCCAACGUCCUCUUCUGUCUCUACGGAGACCAGGGCAAGUCAGACGAGAUCAGACUGGAGAACAAGAGCGACAACUUUGAGCGAGGGCAGCAGGACAGCUUCAAGAUUGAGAUGGUGCCCGUCGGCAAGCCCUACAAGAUGAGGGUGUGGCAUGAUAACAAGGGCAUGGCUGCUGGCUGGCAUCUAGAAAAGAUUGACAUCCAGCGGGUUUCCUCCAAGAAGUCCUUCACAUUCCCCUGCAAUCGCUGGCUGGCUAAGAGUGAGGAUGACGGGGAGAUUGUCCGAGAGAUGCCAGCGACGGGAGACAGCAUCAAGAAACCACUGCCUCUUGUCAAAUACAAGGUCUCGGUCCACACAGCGGACAAAUUCGGUGCAGGGACAGACGCCAACGUCUUCUGUAACAUCUUCGGUGAGCUGGGCGAUACCGGCCAGAGGCCACUCUCUAAAUCAGCCACCAACAAGAACAAGUUUGAACGAAAGAAUGUUGAUGAGUUUAUCGUUGAAGCAGUCUCACUACGUGCCUUGAAGAAGAUCCGUAUUGGUCAUGACGGUACCGGUGCGGGGGCAGGCUGGAUGCUGGAUAAGGUGGUGGUACAACAAGAGGGCAAGCAAGACUCAGAAGUUGUCUUCCCUUGCAAAAGGUGGCUGGAUCGCGAUGAGGAUGACGGACAGAUCGUCAGGGAACUCGUCCCAGAAGGAAACUCACAGCUUCUGUCCACAACCUCAUACCACGUGUCAGUCAAGACGGGUGACGAGCGGUCGGCGGGAACAGACGCCAACGUCCACAUCAAACUCUUUGGAGAGGACGGGGACUCGGGACUUAUCCCUCUCAAACAAUCAGAGAACACCAAGAACAAAUUUGAGCGAGGACGGACGGACAAAUUCACAUUGGAAGCCGUGGAUAUUGGAAAGCUGGAGUACAUCAAGAUCGGCCAUGACGGCUCCGGCCCCGGUGCCGGCUGGUUCCUAGACUCGAUUGAGGUAGACAUACCAUCCAGGGGACUGACCUACAUGUUUGCUGCCCAUCGCUGGCUGGCUGAAGAUGAGGAGGAUGGGGAGUUAGAGGUGGAGCUGUAUCCAACGGAAAGCAAGAAGUCCAAAGCACGUAUCCCUUACGAGAUAACAGUCACCACUGGUGGUUGCUCAGGGGCAGGGACGGAUGCCAACGUCGUCUUACGCAUCUACGGCGAGGAUGGCGCGAAGACAGAAGAGUUCAACCUGCGCAACCGCACCGACAACUUUGAGAAGAACAGCGUGGACAAAUUCAAGAUUGAAGCUGAAGAUGUUGGGCCAAUCAGCAAGAUCCGCAUCGGCCAUGAUGGCACUGGACGCUUUGCUGGCUGGUUCUUGGACAGGGUCCAAAUCGAACGCUUUCCACCAAAGAGGCGCCUGAAACGUCGGAAGUCCCGGUCGAAGACGCGGCCGCCCAGCGACGAGGAUGAUGACAGCGACAACAAUCGAUCCAAGAGGCGCCGGUCCAAGUCCAAGAGCCGAACGCGGAGCGACGAGGAUGAAAAGAGCGACGACGGGAAGGAGGUUGACGAGAGCCAAGAAACGACCAAGUAUCUGUUUGUCUGCAAUCGGUGGUUAGCACGCAGCGAGGACGACGGCCAGAUCGUCAGGGAACUUGUCCCGACGGACGAGUCUGGGAAUGUCCUGAAGAAGAACUCGCUGAAAAUGUGCGAUUACGUCGUCCACACAUACACCGGGGACGUAUUCCAAGCGGGAACCGACGCCAACGUCUUUGUCAAUAUCUACGGUGAGAAGGGAGACACUGGCGAGCGCAGGCUGAAGGACUCAGAGACCAACACGAACAAGUUUGAACGAAACCAGGAGGACAUUUUCAAGAUGGAGGCUGGGGAUCUGGGUGGGAUGAAGAAGCUGAAGAUCAGACAUGACAACUCAGGCCCUGGUGCCAACUGGUUCCUGGAUCGGGUGGAAGUGGAGGACAAAAUGCACAAUCGCAGGUAUUAUUUCCCCUGUCAGAGGUGGCUAGCGACAGGCAAAGAUGACGGCCAAAUAUCACGCGAUCUCAUCCCAGUGGAGAAAGAGGUCAUUCAGAGGUCGUUGUCAAGGCGACGGUCAUCCACAUCAGUCAGGGAGGAGAUUGCGUUGGAAGCUAAAGCCUCCAUGGAGACAUACCAUGUGUUUGUGACCACAGCUGAUGUCCGUGGUGCCGGCACUGACGCUAACGUGUACAUCGUCUUGUACGGUGAAAACGAUGACACAGGCCAGCAUUUCCUGAAAGCGUCCAAGACAAACCGUGACAAGUUUGAGCGAGGGAAGACAGACGAGUUUAUCAUCGAGGCCGUGGAUAUCGGACAGAUCCAAAAAAUCAAGAUUGGCCACGACAACAAAGGAGGCUUUGCGGGCUGGAAGCUGGACAAGGUUGAAAUUGAUGCGCCGUCCCUGGGUAAGAGGUGGUACUUCCCGUGCGGUCGCUGGCUAGAUAAGGGCGAGGACGACGGACAGAUUGAGAGAAUUCUGCACCCAGUGGAGACUAGGACAGAGGAGUACCAAAAACAUGUGCCUUAUGAGUUCACAGUCCACACCAGCGAUGUAUCUGGUGCUGGGACGGACUCUGAUGUCUUUGUCACCCUGUAUGGUCAGGAGGUAGUGACGGGCCAGAAGAGUCUCUGUCAAACCAAGAAACAGAGGAAGGAAUGCUUCGAGAGAAACCAAGUCGACAAAUUUGUCAUUGAGCUUGAAGACGUUGGGGAAACAAUAGAAAAGCUACGCAUCGGACAUGACAACGCCGGGUUUGGGGCAGCGUGGCAUCUGAACAAGGUGGAAGUACGCAGGCUCUUGGAAAACUCAAAGGGUUCCAGGACCUACGUCUUCCCCUGCAAUCGCUGGCUGUCCCGUAAGGAAGACGACGGGGAGAUUAUACGGGAGCUUGUCCCCGCCCAGAUCACUGAAGAGAAAGUCAGGAAGGACGGAAGCAUGAAGAAGAAAGAAGUCAAACAGGACACUCUAACAAUGAAGAAGUAUGCAGCUCACGUGUACACCGGUGACGUGUUCCGUGCAGGCACUGAUGCCAACGUGUUCUGCACGCUGUUCGGCGAGAACGGCGACAGUGGGGAACGACAACUACGCAACUCUGAGACCUACACAGACAAGUUUGAGCGCGGGCAUUGCGACAAGUUCUCUUUUGAGGCAGCUGACUUGGGAAAACCGUUCAAGCUCAAGAUUCGUCAUGACAACACCGGCUUCUCUGCGGCCUGGUUCCUGGACCGAGUGGAAGUCAUCGACCACGACGGAGAGAAGUACGUCUUCCACUGUGAGAGGUGGCUGGGCAAAAACAAGGACGAUGGCAAACUGGAGAGGUCACUGUAUGCUAAGGGUUAUGAGGGUGACAUGUCCAGCUCUAGCACCCUGCACAGGAGCAAGUCAUCAGGCUCGUUGAAGUCAGUCCGAUCAGACAGUCCCGGCCCGCUGACCAGACGCAAGUCCAUGCUGGAGAUGCCAGAAUUCACCGGACCAACAAUCCCGUACACGAUCCGCGUGAUCACGGGGAAGGAGGCCGACAUGGGCACAGACGCCAACAUCUACAUCAUCAUCAGUGGGCCUAAGAAGAAGCACACGACGGGUCGCCUGCCUCUACAGAUGGUCAGUAAGACCAAGCUGGAGCCGGGAUCCAUCGAGACAUUCUCAUUAGAAGCGCCGGACGUGACGGAGAUCAAGAAGAUUGAGAUCGGCCAUGAUGGAGUGACCCCCCAGGAAGGCUGGUUCCUGGAAGAGAUCGAGGUUGACAUGCCCACACUGGGCAAGCACGUCUGCUUCCCCUGCAAACGCUGGCUGUCCAAGGACAAAGAUGACGGCCACAUCUCACGCAUCCUGGUGUCUGAAGAUGGGCAGAGCGCCAACUACAAACCAAAAAUUCCUUAUGAGGUGACGUUCUUCACCGGCGACGUCCAGAAUGCGGGAACUGACUCCGUCAUCACCUUGACCGUGUUUGGCACCAACGGUUCCACGCCGGAAAUGACGCUGGACAAGAACGAGGAGAGGUUUGAACGGGGCAAGGAAGAUUUGAUCAAGAUGGAGCUUGAUGACAUCGCCCCGCUGAAGAAGAUCAGAAUCGGACACAACGGGAAGGGCACCAGACCUGACUGGUACCUUGACAAGGUUCACCUGCGAAAUAUGGAGACUGGUGACUUGACGGUGUUUAAGUGCGAGGACUGGUUGUCCAAGACACACAGCGACAAGAAGAUAGUCAGGGAACUACCCGCCUUUGUCAAGGGCAAAGCGCAGAUCCAGAACGUCAACUACAAGGUCACAGUGAAGACCAGCGACAUCCGGGGCUGCGGCACCGACGCCAACGUCUGCCUGGUCAUCUUCGGCGAGAACGGCAGCUCGGAGGAGCUGAAGCUGAAGGAAUCGCAGACUCACCGGGACAAAUUUGAGCGCAACCAGACGGACAUCUUCUCCUACUCCAUGCUCAGCCUGGGCGAGCUGAUCAAGAUCAGAAUCUGGCACGACAACAAAGGGCUGAAGGCCGGCUGGCAUCUGGAAUACGUUGAGAUUGUUGACGAGAGUAAAGCUCAGACCUACAUGUUCCACUGCAAUCGCUGGCUGGCGAGAGACGAAGACGACAAACAGAUCAUGAGAGAGCUGACCUGUGUAUCGCCGAACACGCCCAGGGACGACAAGGAGAAAAUCACUUACGAGAUCUCGGUGACAACCACAGACAAGCGAGACGCAGGCACUACCCAGAAUGCCUGGCUGAUUCUAGAAGGCGAUCUCCGGAGCUCACGGGAGUUCAUCAUGGAGAACAGUGCUAAGAGAAAAGUCCUCAGAAAAGGCGACACAGACACAUUCAAAUUUUCCACCCGCAACGUUGGCAUAAUCGACAGCAUCUUGCUGGGUCACCGAGAGCGAAGCGACGGCCCCAAACCCAAGGGCACUGGAAGAGAAGUUGACUGGCACUGCCAUGAGGUCGUAGUCAUGGAUACGUCAUUAGGAACAAAGUACAAUUUCCCCUGCAAGGGAUGGGUACCGCUGGGCUUUGGCAAGGACAGCGCCAUGAGACUCAACUGUAAAAAAGUGGACGAGGGAAAAAUGGCCACAACUCGAAACCUUGCUCCGGUGCAGUAUGAGGUUGUCGUAGUGACAGCCAAUGAGAAAGGAGCUGGAACUGACGCCAAUGUCUGCAUUAUCAUAUAUGGCAGCAACGGAGACUCAGGAAAACAGCCGCUCAAGCAACGCUUCAGAGACCUCUUUGAGAAAGGCCAGACAGACAAGUUCACAUUGGAGGUUCUAGACCUGGGAGACCUCCAGAAGAUUCAUAUAGAGCACGACAACAAAGGCUUCAACGCCGGCUGGCUGUGUGAUCAUGUGACCAUCACCAACCUGGCCACGGGCAAACAGACGCUCUUCCCCUGCGGCAAGUGGCUGGACAAGAGCAAAGGAGACGGGGAGCUCUUCAAGGAGCUGUAUCCGGUAGCUGAGUAAAAUCAUGUGGUGGCCAUUUGAUAGACAUGCAGUGGCCAUAUGGUGGACAUGUGACGACCAUGUGAUGGACAUGUAACGACCAUGUGAUGGACAUGUGAUGUCCAUGUGAUGGACAUGUGACGACCAUGUGAUAGACAUAUGCAGUGGCCAUGUGGUGGACAUAGUGUCCAUGUGGUAGACAUACAUGUACGACCACCAUGUGAUAGACAUGAGAUGGACAUAUGAUAGACAUGCAAUUGGCAGUGUGAGACAUGCGAUGGCCAAAGUGUAGACAUAUGCAAGGUCAUGUGAUAGAUAUGCGAUGGCCAUGUAAUAGACAUUUGAUGGACAUGUGCUAUCCAUGUGGUGGUCAUGUCUUAGCCCCACAUGCUGCCCAUGUGAUGACCAUGUGAUGGCCAUGAUAUGGCCAUUUAAAAUUUGAUGUUCAUUGAACGACCAAUCCCAUGACAAUGUGAGGACUACUCUGUAUGUUUUUGCACGUACAUUUUCGGUUGUGCAGGAAACUGAUGCUUUAUACUGGUAGGGAGUAUUUCAUAAACUUUCAACAACUACAUGUAUUUCUUCGGUGAAGUCUAUUUAACAUCUCAAAUUCUCUUUGUUGCUGAUUCUAGUAUCCAUUUAUGUUCUGACCAUGGUAGUAUAAUGAUCGCGUGACAAUCUUGUGACGGGUGUGAAAUAUUUCUUUGGUGAACAAUUUCGGUCUAGUUUCAAGUUUACUGCCUACAAACAUUCCUACUUUUUAACUUGCGAGCCAAAAAUUUUAUUUUCCAGAACUUUUUGCGACCCAUGUGAUGACUGUAUGAUAUUUAUGUGAUGUGAUUAUCAUGUGAUUAUCAUGUGAUUAUCAUGUAAUCAUCAUGUGAUUAUCAUGUGAUUUCAGUCUUACAUCGUAUAAGGCUUCACGAUUCCUAAUUAUCUCCAAAGUUUGCAAUGAGACAUCAGAGAUCACAUGCAAUAUGCACAGCAAUAUGUAACUGGGCAUGAUGCAAAUGAUUCGAAAACUAAAAAGUGAAUUUUUUUCCAAUACAAUCGCAAAUAAUCUGAAAUGUUUAAAUUUAAAGAAAUAUUUUAAAUAGCUUUCUUUUUGUGAUCAUGGAUAUGAAUGAAUUCCAACCUAUGAGGUACAUGUAUAAAGAUUUGGUUUUACAAUUUAUUGAAUACUCAGGGAAAGAAUAUUUUUGUAUUCCUUCACAUUUGUUUUACUGUUAGAAUCACAUACACAUAUCCCACAGAACUCCCCCGUAGCUUUAUUUGAGCUAAUUAGCCAUUAUAUUGCUGAAACAUAAUACACCGCUUUAUGUCUUACGAAAGUAAGUAGCAGCGUUGUAGUCGUGUACGAGUACCGUCAUUUCGAGAACGAGUACUUUGACCUUCGAGUUUGAGUACAAGUUUUUUUUUUUUUUAAAGUACUUGAGUAGUACUCGAGUACGAGUGCCGAGUACGAAUACUGCAACACUGGUAGGUAGUUCGGUACUCAAAUCAUAAUUUUAAUACAAUGGGCAAUUGGCACUUCGCAGACUCGAAUAUCACAUUCCUUACUUCUAACAGUUCCUCAAUGGCAAAGUCACUACUGAGAAGUAUCUGUACGGAGACAGACGGUGAACUCUUCAUUUUUAAAACGAUUUCCUGUAUCAAAGGGUCAAUAUCUAACAGAAAAAUCGGAGAGCCAAUGUCACAAACAUCUUGUCUGUUUGACUCCUUUGCUCGAUGUAGUCAGUAAAUCAGUCAGACAGUCCACUAAAUAGCACAAAUGGCAUAAAUGCUCAGUAUGCGAGGAAUUUUAUUUGCGAGUGUGGAAUUUAGUUGAAGCGAAGUUGGACAUAAGCCUUAAUUUUAAUCUUCAUUACAUUCCUAAAUCAAGCAGUUCACGUUCUACCAAUUUGUUUUGAGUUGUUCAUAAAUUGAUCGAUAGUUUGGAAACCUUUUCUCUUUUCAAGUGGGAGGGAAAGAAUUAUAUAACCAAACUGAAGAGAGGUGUAUUUUGUCUCGGGCACUGUCUUUUAGUUGGUAAUUUCCUCAAAACUUCAUUGUAGAAUACUUAACUGUGCGUAGAUAGUGCUUGUUCCUUUGUUAUAAAUAUCAUAGUGAAGUGACAUCUAGGUUGUUAAAAAAAAGUUAGUUGGCUUUUUUUUGUGGCUUCUUGUAAAAACUGCGUGUAUAGUUUGUACUUUUUUAGCUGCAAGCUGUGUCUAUGGCUUUCGGUCUUUUCCCGUGAAUUGCACAUGCUGAAGAGAGUACAGGGUACUAGUCCUUUGCCUAAAAGUGUAGAUAUUGUGUAUAGUCAUUCAGAUACUACUCUAAAGAGAGGCUAUGGCUCAGAAUUUAGUCAGGCACCUUGAUUUCCAACCCAUUUUGUAUGAUGUAAUGUAAUUAGAUCUCGGUCAUUCGGUUUUUUUUAUUAUAGAAAAGCCAAUUAUAAGACACUUAACAUUCCUAUUUACAGGUAACGGGCGCCGCCAUUUUAUUUUAUUUGUUAUAAAUAAAGAUCUCCACAUUCCCUUCAGAACCAUGAAAACAAAUCAUUUUAGUAUUACCAAAAAAAUAUAUAAAAUUUAAAAAAAAAAUUAGAAUCUAAGACAGGAAUAUUGUAGGGAACCGCCAGUGUAGGGCUGGAUAGCUCAGUUGG